AUGAAUCAUGAUAACUGGAGGCCCGCUUGGACACGGUGCAACAAGUUGGAAGAUAUCGUCUGGAUAACGAAGGACGUUCUAGCUUGGUGUUCCGGUAUCUUUAUCGUGUUCUUCAACAUCGAUCACAGGGAAUAUCGAUUUCACUGGUGUUGGAACCACGACACCGGCGAGGGUGCACGAUGCCUUUCCACUCACAAGUCACUCUCUGUAUUCGCCUUCGCGGAGAAGAUCAUUCAACCGAGGAUCCUCGUUUUCUCCUAUCCGACGAUGACGAAAAUCUCCGAGUGCACCGGCGGAUGCGCUUCCGGAUACUUGGCCACUGCAUUUACACCGGUAGAUCACUUGAUCUCCAUCGGAUCGUAUCCCAUGUUCACGAUGACCGUGUGGAACUGGAGGACCGGCGAGAAGAUAAUUACCGUCAAUACUUUUAUACGCGAUGAAGUUGGACAGAUAUUAAGGAUCACUCACGUCGGGGCCACUGUCGUCGGCCAACUCGGAAAAACCUGCGGACAAUUGUACACAUGGGAAUUGGAUGUCGUUGGAAAAGUUGCCAUUUUGAAAGAUCACGAGGUGAAGCUUCCGAAAAAUCGGCCGAUUCUGUGGAUAGACUGGAGUCCAACAUCUACGGAACCGUUGCUAGCCAUCACAGACGUCGACGGCCACAUAUUUCUCAGCAAUUUCGACGGCAGCAGCAUGAAUCGCAUCGUGCUAUCGACACGCUGCGGCGUCUGCAUGGACGUGGAACCGGCAAUGGCCGCCUGGUUCCGAGACGGUAUUAUCUUACGUACAACGUUCUGUCAAAUUCGUUUCUUCUCGAGAAGUCAAAGAACAAGCUCGUGGCGAAUGGAAUGGUACGUGAAGUCGGAGACAAAGCCGUACAUUCUGGUGAUCCAUCCGUCUGACAAUCAUCGAUUCUUCUACUACACGUUAGAGGGUUAUUUAAUGCAGAUCGAUUUCAUCGAGAAGAGCGAAACUCCUCGAGUACUCAGGUACAUCGACUAUGGCGCCACUUAUCGCUACGCGGACUUUAUUUACCCGUGGUGCCAUCAUCUCGUCGUUAUUUGCGACACGAAGAAAGAGUUGAUCGUCGUCGAGUGUUACGAAGGGGAACCGAUAGCUUCCGUCGAUCUGGAAACGGACGGUGAAAUUGUUUGUCAAGUUUCGCAUCCGGACUUCCCGUUAGUCGUUUUCGGAACGGAGAAAGGCGAAGUGAUGUUCGUUACGUUCACUGAACCGACCAAGCCUAGGAUUGCAGCUCGUCUCAGGUUGCAAAGAACGCCUGUCGAUUUAAUCAAGUUUUCAAAUACUGGAAGAUUCUUGAUCGCAGCUGAGAAAAGAACCGGCGACUGUUAUUGCGUGAGUCUUGAACGCGGGAAGAUGUAUACAGCGCGAACGUUGAUCAAAGUGCAUCGCAAGAUCAUCGAUCUUCUGAUCUACGAAGGAUACAAGAAGCUAAGAAUCCUUGUCCUCUAUGAGACUGUGAAACAGCACAAUAUCGGGCAGAUCCUGCUCUUAUACGAAGCGUCACCGGAACAAAACUUGGUCACCGAUUCCAUACAUAUGUUGAAACUUCCAGGCACGUAUCGUACCUUGUACCAAGUGCCUGGGAACCCGAUGCUGCUCGUAGGAUCUCCUUAUUCAACGCGUCAACUUCGGCUGCAGAAGAUAGUGGACUUCAGGCACGUGGUUCUGGAAGAUGGUUUAGUGACGGGUCAUCAGGUUAAGCUAGCUAAUUUGUUCGUCGAUCGAUCGUGGGUCAGUACCACUGCUCUUGAUGGAUUCGUCUUAAUUAGAGAUAAAACUAUACGAAGAGUGGUGGCGCACAUCAUGACACACCACAGGUCCGAUUUGGGCACGAUCAAAGCGAUGGCGAAUAGACAGGGGGAUUUGAUCGUUUGUCUCGGGUACAAUGGCUCGUUGGUCGCCAUCAAGUCUACAGUUUCGGAAAGAAAGGAGUUCCCGCUAUCAAGAGCAACAUCCCCCGAGGAAGUACUGUACAAAGCUCAGUACGGAGUUUACGAAAAGAUGAGAAAAAAGAUGCAGUCGGACUACGCGAGCCUCGAUCCUGUCAUUUACGAGCUGUUAACGCGUCGAAAGUACGAAUUCCCCGAUCCUCGACAGGGAGACAAAACCUGGUCAGAUUGGAGGGAGGAGAUACAGCUUCAGGAGGAGGAAGAAAAAUGUAGAGAGGAAAGGACGUUAAUUCUACGAGAGUUCGAAGCGUUGCAAGGCAAAGUGAGGAAGUUACUGGACGCGAACGAAGCCAGCCCUGAAAUAGAGAAGCUUCCCGUGUCGUUUUUCGAUUUGGAUCUCGCGGGUCGUGAUCAGAAGUUGAAAGCUGGCCGCGAUAUCUGCGAAGAUCUUCAUUUAGAACUCGAGCACAACAUCUCCGAGAUGCAAAGGGUGUCUCGAUGGAUUCGCGAGACUUUCUGGAAUCGUCAGGAGGUCGUGGGCAAAUGUCUGUACGCCAUCUUAGGUAGUACGCUGGUCACCAAUUAUCCAGAGUUCGCCGAAGAACCAGACGAGAAAUACCAUUUACAGUGGGCGAAAUUCUGCAAGAAAACUGCGUACAGUAGCCUGGAGAACGACGAAUUCGUGCCUUGGAGAAUUUACACCACGGAGGAGCUGCAAGUCGAGCUGAAUAAGAAGCACAAGUUACAUCGCGAGCACGAGAGAAGGUUGGAUUUGUUGAUCGAUAACGAUGAGCAAGAACUGGAGCAAGAGAGGAUAGCUAUUGCUAAGGCAGAACUGGAAGAACAAAAAGCGAUGGGAGGCAAGAUGCUUUGCUCUUUGAUAAAGACAAUUAGUACCACUACGCAUCGAUACAUCGAGCAGUCAUCUUACUACGCUCAAGUUGGAUACUACGGAUUCGGCCAGAUGAUGACAAACAAUCAUUUGCUGCUACACGACUGCAAAAGGCUUCGUGCUUUCUUCAACCAGUCGUUCAACGAAGUAUACACAACAAAGGAAAGAGAGAUGAAGGUGAUACGCGAAAGGAUCGACAGGAUACGUUAUAUCGACUCUGAAUUGAGGACUAUGUUUCACCGACACGUACCUCACAUUCCUGUUGAUCCUCAAUGGCACUGGCAGGAAAGGCCGGAGAGCAUUAUCAAGGUGCUGGAUCACGAGGUGAAGGCGAAACCGUACAUUUCUCCGUCGCAGCAGGAAUUGUUGGAUAAGCAAGCGGCCGAGGAAGAACGGAUCAGACAAUCGUUGCUUGCUGACGACUUUCGCGAACGCGCCCUAAUGGCGAUGAUGGACGGCGUUCUGGAGAUCCGAUGGGAGGACACCAUCAAGAUAGACGUCCCUAAACCGGCUUGCAUGCUCGAGAAGAAACCGGAAGACUAUACAUCCGAGGAUAUAUUGGCGGUGAAACAGUACGAGAACGACGUGCAAUUCCUUAUGGAGGAACGGGAACGUUACAAGAGGAUGCUGGAGGCGGAAUAUGGGAGAGUCAUGGAGCUUUUGAAAGAAGGGAUUGACAAAUUUAAUGGGAAGCUGAACGACCUGUUUCACCUUAAAAUCAAUAUCGAGGCAGCCAUAAAUCAAUUGUACUUGCGGUACAUUCGUGGUUGGACCUUAAUCCGUCGUCGAAUGGAGUCCUUGCAAGAAGAAGACACACUGAAACAGCGAAUCCUAGGGAAAGAAAAAUACCAGGAAGUGCUAAACAGCCAUCUCGACACAUUCCGCCAGCUUCACGAAGAAAUGACCGCCAAGUACAGAUCCUUCGUCGCCAAAGAGAAAGCUGUAGCCAAGAAGUUCAGAUCUGAAUUCUCGUCUCUGAACAAAUUCCAAGUCGAACUGCUCGCGCAUCAGUACAAUCGUAGGCCAAAGAUAACCACGAAGAAUCUCGUGGCCUCUGAUUUCUACGAACUGGCAAGUCACGUGAAUUCUCACCUGCCGUGCAUCUACUUGCCAACCGAAUGUAAGGAUUACUUGAGGAUCUUGAAUCACUUGGAUGCUCGACCGGCUACUCUUCCGCUGACUAUAGACGCGUCCCACUGGGAAGAAUUGAUUCGUCUGCGACGCGUUAAGAUCGAUUUUGAGUUGAGAAGCAAGGCGCAACAAAUGGAGAUCGCGGACGUGGACGUCGUGAUCCUUGGAUUCGAACAGAAGAUAGAGAACUGUAAAACAGACGUGGAAGAUAUGAGGAAGAGUUUGAUCGAACUCAGGAAAUUGAGGAGGAUCGAGGAGCUGGACGUGGAGAUACAACUGGUGUUGAAGAUGGGCCAAGUGGAGAUUCAGCUCGAGGGGGAAGUAAACGAUGCGCAGAACGCGAUAUUUGUUUCGAAAACGGCCAUCGAGAGUGUAAAUGAGCUGAUCAGGGCUGCUGGAGCGUGCAAGCUGAAUGCUUUGUCUCGUUUAUUGAGCUUUCAGAGAGAUCUGGAAGAGGACCUGCGGUCCACGGAAUCGGUAACGGUAACGAAGGAGAUGCAACGGUACCUGAGGCGCAAGGCCAGAGGGCUUCCAGACGAGAAGACGCCGCAGCAAUUGGAGGACGACAUCAGUGCGGUGAAACGACAGUUCAGCAAGAUCUUGGAGGACCACCAGGCUCGGCUGGAAUCGAUCGAGAAGGAGAUCGCCGCCGUCAGAGGCAAGAACGAGCAGCUCGAUCGACAGAUCUUGGAGAUGAACAUGGCGAGGUGCGAGAUGGAGCACCAGCGCGAUCUUAUCGGCGAGGCCAGGCAGCGGGAGCACAUGGAGAGGAAACUGAGGAUGGUGAUGCACCGAUCCGAACUGAUUAAGAAGCUGCAGGAUAAUUACGCCGAGCUGAUCGAGCUGCAAACCGAGCACGAACUGCUUAGACUCAAGCGAUACCCGAUCUUUCAUUUCAGGAUGCUCGAUGAUAAUGACGAGGAAAGAAAGAAGGAUUAA